UUUGCGGGCCCAGCGUUUGCCGCAUCGAUUGCGAUUGCAGCAGCAGCGCUGCUUAGAGACCUCAUCAAUUGCAGACACAACAAUUGACAGCGACUGAUGAAGCGUAUCACACGAAAUGGUGCAAGCCUUUAAAGCCAUCCGGCUCGCGCUCAACGCGUUACGUCCGGCGGUCCCUGGCGGCGGAAGAAACACUGAUUACAACGUCACCAAUGACGCGUUCGCCUGCGACGCGCGGCUGAAGGGCUUCUUCACAAGCCGCGCGGGCGUCUACGAGUGCCCGAUCGUGUCCAAGGACUUCUGGCUUUUCUUCGCGUUCUUCGUGGGCUGCGAACCGGGCGGCCCCUACGACGGCCCGAGCCCCGGCAGCGCCUCUGGUGGUGCGGUCUGGCGCGAAGGGUAUGUGUCGGUUCAGUGGGGCGCCGCUGAUGGAGGCCUGCGCGCGGACGUGGAGCGGCAGAUGCGGCGCUGGCGCCGGGCCACGGACCGCGGCAAGAACAUGGACGAGCUCGACGAGACGGAGCAGUGGUUGUACAAGACCGGCACGGUCGUGACGGAGUGGCUCGAUACUGUCGUGGCUACUUCCAAGCGCGUCGACGACCUGAGCCCCUCGUGCAUCCACUUCAUGAUCUACGGCUACGACGGCACGAACUUCAAGGGCGGUUUGCACGUGGACUCUCGCUUGCGGGCCGUCGCGCGCGCCCGAGUCAAGCGCCUGAUAGUCCCGGCCGCCGACUGCAACGACCGCGACCUGCUCUUCGUCGCGGCGAACGGGCACAUGGGGCGCGGGCGGUUCAAGGGCUUCUUCAGCUUCAAGCGCCGCUGGACGCGCAUCGUGGGCGUCGCGCGCGGCGCCGUCUUAAUGGACGCCGUCGGCGCCGGCGCCCUCCCCCUCCUCCCCGCGGGCUGCGCCGACCUCUCCGGCGACGAGAACCACCUGUCCGCCGAGGAGGUCCGCUUCCUGCACGCGGCGUUCGCCACGGUCAAUGCCUCGGGCGGGCGCGGCCUCGAGGCGGGCAAGAUUGCCGUCUCGAUCGUGUUCUCCGGGCACCCCAAGCGGCGCCGCGGCGACGAGGGCAUGCGUCUUCUUUAGACGUGAGUAAGAAUUAUUCUUAAG